GAAGAGCAGCGCAGUGGAGCGGCGAAGAAGAGCAGCACAGCGGAGCGGCGAAGAAGAGCAGCACAGCGGAGCGGAGGAGAAGAGCAGCACAGGGAGCCGAGAAGAAGAGCAGCACAGCGGAGCGCAGGAGAAGAGUAGCCCGGGUCCAGUGACAGCGGGUCCAGAGACCGACAGCGGGUCCAGCGACCGACAGCGGGUCCAACAGACCGCAGACCGGAGGAGCAUCACCAGCCACCAUCUCUGCGGCCACACACAGAGCGGGCUGGAGCCGCCCUCCUGGCCUCCUGCCGCCCUCCUGGCCUCCUGCCUCCUGCCGCCCCCCUGGCCUCCUGCCUCCUGCCGCCCUCCUGGCCUCCUGCCUCCUGCCGCCCCCCUGGCCUCCUGCCGCCCUGCUGGCCUCCUGCCGCCCUGCCACCAACAUGGGCAGGAAACAACCACCUGUGAAGAGCUGCCAAAAGUGUGGACGCCCUCUAAAGGGGCACAAGCUGCCCAUAGGACCGAGCUGCGGCCUGGAGCCUGACCCACAUAACCUAGAAAGAAACACAGAAGCCAAGUUUAGAAGAAGGCUCGCUUUGGACCACAGGAGAAGGCAGAGGCCCCAGCACCGAGACGCUUCUAUGGACAAGAACCAACUACCUGUAAAGAGCUGCCUAAAGUGUGGACGCCCCCGAAAGGGUCACAAGCUGCCAAUAGGACCCGGCUGCACCCUGGAGUUAGACCCACACCUCCUUCAAAAAAACAAAGGCACGAGCAGCAUUAGUUCCGUAACCAUGGCUACCGUGCGAGGUGAGGAAAGGGGCGGAGCCUGGCUGCUCCCGGGCCUCCAGUGCUCGGUGUGCGCCCAGCCGUGCUCUAGCCACGCCCUGCUGCUGGCACACACGGCCGCCGCACAUCCAAUCAGGCUCGAUCGCACGGCGGUGGGUCGGCUCGGCAACGUCAUAGCCUAUCAGGAGACGGCGAGGCUGUUCCACUGCUCCGACUGCUUCUUCACCUGCAGAGACUUCUCCAGGCUGUUCACCCACCUCCUCACCACGCACUGCAGCCGGGAGGAGGAGGAGGAGGAGCAGGAGGAGCAGCAGGGCGGACCCCCAGAGCAGCAGGGCGGACCACCAGAGGAGCAGGGCGGGCCCCCAGACGUCAUCAGCUACUCACAGAGCCGCUACGUCUGCGCGCUCUGUGGCUGGAGGACCAAGCUGAGAGGCCUGGCCCUCAGUCACGUGGUGACGGUUCACCGGCUGGAGGGCCGGUUCUCCUGCAGCCGCUGCCCCUCCAGCUUCCUGCUGCCGGCCCAACUGAGCCAGCACCUCAGCCUCCAGCACCGGCCGGCCCGCUACGGCUGCCCCUACUGCCCCUUCACCGCCCACGGCCUGGGGGCCUUCAGGAGGCACUGCCAGCGCUGCAGGGGAGGGGCGGGAGGAGGAGGGGGAACAGGGAGGAGGAGGAGCAGCAGAACGGUGUUGAGGAAGGAGAGGAGCAGGACGAGUAGGGUUCCAUUGAAGCGCUAGCUAGGCUUAGGGUUAGGGUUAACCCUAGCUGGGGUUGGGGGUUAGCUAGGGUUAGGGUUAGCCCUAGCUACCCUCCUGCUGGCUAGGUGGUUUAUGAGUGAUUUCUGAUCUUUUUUAUAUUUUGCUUAACUAAUAAAAUGAAAACGGUCCCAUGCG